UCUCUCUCUCUCUCUCCUCCCCCAAUUUCCGAGCCCUCGAUCGAUCGCUCCCCCUCUCUCUCUCUCUCUCUCUCUCUCUCUCGCUCAUUCUCCUCGUUUUAGGGUUUCGAUCGCGCCUGAAUCCCGCUCCCAGGGGAGGGGGGAAGGGGCCUCAAUGUCGCCAUGGAGUGCUCCGUUCUAUCGCGAUCUCGAUUGAGGCACCUGGUGAGCAACAGCGAUUGCGAGAAGGUCGCUACCAUAUUUAUAAUCAGGGGUAAUUCUAGUAUCAAUGCGAAGGAUAGAGAGCAUGCUUUGUGGAAUCCCUGCUUCGGCUGAUGCACUUGAUCAGUCUCGCCACCGAUACAUUCGGUGUAAUAACUAUCUCUCUUGUCUCCCUUCUCUCUCUUCUGGGCCUCCUUUGCAUCUACCGCUCGUUAUAUUUCCAGCUGCGCAUUCGACGACGGCGCUUCCUCCAUCUCAGCUACUUUAAUGGACCGUGGGUUACCCGCAUCACCCUGAUCCUGAUCUCGAUAUGGUGGGGCUUCGGGGAGAUCAUCCGAUUGAGCUUUUUGCAUGGCGCGGGAAAGCUCUUUUCGAGCCAAACGUGCCAGAAGAACGUGUGCAAGUUCUACGUCCUGUCGAACCUUGGGUUCGCGGAGCCAAGCGUGUUCCUUAUGCUCGCGUUCCUCCUCCACGCGGCGCUCCAGGAGCGCGAGUUCACCUUGAGCCAAAGAUGGAACCGGAAGACCAUCAGCUGUGUCGUGCUUCUCUGCUUCCCGGCUAUUCUCUGGCAACUUGCCCUAGUUUUCAUCGGGCCCAAGUUUGCUAACCGGGAGAAGAGCGAUAAGAGAGUGGACAUGAUGAGGCUCUUCACCUCGACCUCUUCGCUCAGCGACGGCACCGUCACAUGCACAUACCCCUUGUUGAGCACCGCAUUCCUCGGGGCUUUCUACAUUAUACUGAUCACCUACGUAACAUACAUCGGGAGCCGGAUGCUGUCGCUGGUGAUCAACAAGGGGCUAAGGCGAAGGAUUUACGUGUUGGUGUUCUCCGUCAUCCUGUUCCUGCCGAUGCGGGCGCUCCUUCUGGGGUUCUCGGUGCUUCCCCGGCCGGGCGGCUUGGCGUACGAGGCGAUCGUGUUCCUCGCCUUCGUCAUGAUGUUGUUUUGCACCAUGGUGGGGAUUGUUAUGCUGGUGUAUUUCCCCAUUGCUGAUACCUUGGCUCUGGGGGAGCCAGAGCAUGUGGAAAUGGAAGGGGUGCCCUUUGAUGACUACUACUAGUUUGGUGUUUUCUCAUGAAUUUUUUUUUUUUUAAAAAAAAGGAAAAAAGAAAACAAAGAAGGGAUUUGAAUUUGUUUUACUAUUCUUUUCUAAAUUUUUGUGUUUUGAAUUCAAAUGUGACAUGAUAUCAGUUUUGUAGUAAAUAUAAAAUUAAUGCCAACUAUUUGAGUAA